AUGCAGCGCCGCGCUCGGCACGGCAGCUCGGGCGAACUCGCCGUGUUCGGAGCGACACGCUACUUCGACGGCCUAGCCGACCUUGCUGCCAGCCCGGUAACUAUCAGGCAGCCUGAACCUGAAGACUUGAUGAUCCAAGUGAAAGUUAUGCAUCACCAGGAGGAAAGCUACCGCGGCACCAAGGAGCUGGGAGCCAAGACUAACAGCAACCUCACCCCCUUCUACGGCUCCUCCCUUGUGUCUCCGGCGAGGAUCGACGACAAGCCUCAUCACCAGGCCUCCUCGUUAUCCUCACGUGGGAGCAGUGAUGUUGUCACAGCUGUUGCAGCUGCUUGCGGCCGUGAUUUGGGUGAGGUGGUGGGGGACAGGAGGCUGCAAGGCAUUCGGGUAGUGAGGGGGGCCUGUGGCGGCGAGGAGAGGUGGGUGGUGAGAUGCGGGCGGCAUGCCUUGGAAGAGCAGCACCAUGCCGUCCAUGAGAAGAUUGAUGUUGAUGCGAAAUUAGGUGAUGGCCAUCAAGUGGAGAAAGCUGAAGAUGGUGAUGACCAUGGCUGGGGCAGCGACACUAGCUCUGAUCUGUUUGACUUGGAUUUGGACGUUGUGAAUAAUCACUAG